UGUCUCAAUAGGAAAGGAAGCUGCAUUAAAGGCCCAGAAUUGCUUGUGAGAUGGAUGGUGGAGCGGAACAGAAGAGCGUUACGAGAAUAUGGUGGCGCUCGACAAGUAUGGGAGACUUCGUAGCCGAGUUGUGUAGAUAACGUUGAUGUAUAGACUGCUUCCCUGGGUGAGUUCUCUAGCCAUCCCGAGAUAUUCUUUUUUAAUAGUAGUUGACCUUAGACCGCGGCGACGGGCAACCUGGAUUCCCCAAGGGCAUGUGAACCCGUUAGAGCUGGACAGACAGCGAUCGCUGAAGCUUUUCAAAGUUGUGUACCUUGUUUGCCGCUCAGGUACGUAUCUUUUCUGCCGCUCCGGUACGUAUCAAUUCUGCCGCUCCGGUACGUAUCUUUUCUGCCGCUCUGGUACGUAUCUUUCUGCCGCUCCGGUACGUAUCUAUUCUGCCGCUCCGGUACGUACCUUUUCUGCCACCUAGGUACGGACCUUUUCUGCCGGUGGCGCAGAUCGGUAACCCACGUGCUCGAAGCGGGUCUUACUGUCCUGGUGU